AUGUCGACCGCUUCCAAGCAACUUGACUGUCCAAAGACUACCGUCCCUGCUGGGGACGAUGCUUUGCUCGAAGCACUUAACUUAUCUCCUCCGGUGCCAAUGAGUCGCCUCCAACUCACGGCCAUCUUCCUAUUCAUCAUUGGAAUGGGUCUUGGAGGAGUUGCUGGUUCCUCUGCGGCUACAUCCCACGAUGAGAACAGCGACCGUCAAAGUCGCGAUCGAUCCUUGGCCCAAAAUUUGGGGUUAGUGGCAAUUUCUGCGUUUGCCACUGCCAUUCCUCUUUUGGCAUGCAGUGCCAGAAAAUAUCAAAUCAUGAAUGGAUCGAAAGGGGCCCCGGUCCUCAUGGUUCUUGGUUGGAUUGCAUAUGGGUUUGGUAUGGCGGAUGCUUUGAUCUUGAUUGUUCACAGUCUUUUGACUGCUACCAUCCACCCAACUUGGGUGUACUGGGCAAUCUAUUUCAAUGUCAUACCAUACUUUAUGAUGAUGAUCCAUGCUGAGCACUCUAGACAUCCAUAA